GCGGCGCCUUAUGUUGACACAUUCAGUGCGAAGCGGUAGCACUUAUAGAACCGUAGCUUGUGUCAGCACCGACACUUUGGACACUCGGUAUAUUGAGCUGAAACCACAGCUCGUGUUUAGUAUGUGGACGUACGUGAAGACAGCAGGGGCUUCUCUGAGAGUCCUCCACCACCUCCAGCACUGCUGCGUACAGACCGUGUGGAGGAGGGGGCCUGACGGCCAGCGGCGACUCUGUAGACGGACGUUAUCAUCUGGACCCCCGUGGAGACUCCUGUUCUUUGGCUCUGAUCAGUUCGCUCUGGAGUCUCUAAAACUCCUCACGUCCAGCAGGAGCUCCCACGAAGGGAUAGUGGAGUCCCUCGAAGUUGUUACUUUGACUGGUGAUGUUCCAGUGAAGAGGUUUGCUCAGCAGAACCACCUUCCCCUCCACAGCUGGCCCCCCGACAACGUGGAUGGACAGUUUGAUGUUGGGGUGGUGGUGUCUUUUGGCUGUUUACUGCCCGAGAGACUGAUCAACAAGUUUCCAUACGGGAUUUUAAACGUUCACCCCAGCCUGCUGCCCAGGUGGCGAGGUCCAGCACCCAUCUUCCACACCAUCAUGCAUGGUGACACCGUAACAGGAGUCACCAUCAUGCAGAUCCGUCCUCACAGGUUUGAUGUGGGCCCCAUUCUUAACCAGGAGCUCCAUCAAGUCCCAGAGAACUGUACUGCUGAAGAGCUUGGAGCUACCCUAGCCACCAAGGGAGCACAUCUGCUGCUUGAUACGUUGAUGACUCUGUCUGAGAAACUGGCACAAAAAAGGGAGCAAAGACGGACAGGUGAAACAUUUGCCCCAAAAAUCAGCACGUCUAUGAGCUGGAUGGUGUGGGAGGAACAGACCUGUGACCAAAUCGACCGUCUGUAUCGUGCCAUCGGAUCCCGGAUGCCUUUGAGGACCCUAUGGAAGGGCAGGACAAUAAAACUUCUGGAUUUUGUAGGAAAAUAUCACAUUUCGUUAUCAGAUGGAAGGAUAAAACCAGUCCCUGGUUCGGUGAGCUAUCAGAAGGAGUCCAAUACUCUGGCUGUGUGCUGUAAGGACGGCUGGGUGGGAUUCAAGGCGGUGCUCCUGAAAAAAAGGCUGACAGCAGCUGACUUCCAUAAUGGCUACCUGCAUCAGACAGCUGAAAGACUGUUUGUCAGUAGAAAAGGAGGAACUGAAGCACAUCAGAUAAGAGAGAACUCAGUGUUGUGAUGCAACACCAUUAUUCUCUUCCUUGACGUGGACACUGCAGACAUGACAUCACCUAAUCGAUUUUACUGUAGUUAAUAUACUUUUGUCUGUUUUAAGACAUCUGCAUAUACAGUACGUUUACUGUAGGCUGAUGUAUUUGUACUGUAUACUUGCAAUAAAUGAAUGUACUGGUGACAGAUACCAGGAACAAACAUGAAAACUGUUUAUUUCUAUUUAUGAUUUCUUAA